CUCUCAUUUCGUGUUUAUUGCACAUGUCUGGGCCAGCGCGAAGUUUCCUUUUUAACUCGAUCCUCUUUCUCUUCUUUUCUCAUCAUCUCUUCUCUUUCACUCUCCACGACCCCUCCCUAAGCUCGCUCCAUCCGUGUUGACCACAAUGGCUGGCUUUCGCUUUCUGCAUUUGAUCAGGCCUUUCAUGGCUGUCCUGCCCGAAAUUGCUGCUCCAGAACGCAAGGUACCUUUCAGGCAAAAGGUUCUUUGGACUGCUGUCACCUUGUUCAUUUUCUUAGUCUGCUCUCAAGUUCCUUUGUAUGGUAUCAUGUCUUCAGACUCGUCCGAUCCCCUCUACUGGAUGCGUGCCAUCUUGGCCUCCAAUCGUGGAACCUUGAUGGAACUUGGCAUCACUCCCAUUGUCACAUCUGGCAUGUUCAUGCAGCUCUUGGCUGGUGCCAACCUAAUUGAGGUUGACUACAGUCUCAAAGAGGACCGCUCUCUCUUCAAUGGAGCCCAAAAAUUGUUUGCUGUCUUGAUCGCUUUUGGUCAGGCUACUGUAUCGGUUAUGAAUGGAUUGUAUGGACCUCCUUCCGAGCUGGGUGCUGGCAUUUGCCUUCUUUUGAUCCUCCAGUUGGUUGUUGCUGGUGUUAUCGUUGUCCUGUUGGACGAGCUCUUGCAGAAAGGCUAUGGUCUUGGAUCUGGUAUCUCGCUCUUCAUCGCUACCAACGUCUGCGAAACUAUUCUCUGGAAGGCUCUCAGCCCCACCACCUACAACGUUGGCAACGGUCCCGAGUUUGAGGGUGCUCUGAUAGCUCUUUUCCACCUUCUGUUCACUCGCUCCAACAAAUCCCGUGCCCUCAAGGAGGCUUUCUACCGUGACAACUUGCCUAAUGUUAUGAACUUGUUGGCUACUAUUCUUAUUUUCGGAAUCGUCAUCUACCUCCAAGGCUUCCGUGUCGAGCUUCCCGUCAAGUCUUCCCGCUUCCGUGGUCAGCGUGGCACUUAUCCCGUCAAGCUGUUCUAUACUUCCAACAUGCCUAUUAUGCUGCAGUCUGCUCUGACUUCUAAUAUGUUCAUGAUCUCUCAGAUGGUCUACAACCGCUUCCCUGACAACAUUCUUGUUCGCAUCUUCGGUACAUGGUCUCCUUACCAAGGCACUAACCAGAUGAUUGCCUCAGGUGGUCUUGCUUACUACAUGUCUCCACCCCACAGCAUCACUGAGGCACUUUUGGAUCCCAUUCAUACUGUUGUCUAUAUUACUUUUAUGUUGACCGCUUGCGCUCUUUUGUCCAAGACCUGGAUUGAGGUCUCUGGCUCAUCCCCCCGUGAUGUUGCCAAGCAGCUCAAGGACCAAGGCAUGGUUAUGGCUGGCCAUCGUGAUGCUUCAAUGUAUAAGGAGUUGAAGCGCGUCAUCCCUACUGCUGCUGCCUUUGGUGGUGCUGUCUUGGGUGCUGUCUCUGUCUUUGCUGAUUUGAUUGGAGCCAUUGGAUCCGGAACCGGUAUUUUGCUUUGCACCACUAUCAUCUAUCAAUACUGGGAGAUGUUUGUCAAGGAGAGCAUCGAGAACUCUGGUGAUGCCCUUGCUUUCUAAAAACGCCUAUUGGCCCAUGAGUAUAUUAAAACUUUUUAUUAUUUGAGGGUCAGGAAUAAGAGAUAAGGACAGAACGCAGCUCCUCACAUUAGAGACUUUAAACCAUUUUACGCUUUUAUACAACACCAUGCCAC